CUCUGUCUUAGAGCCCGGUUGGUCCUCCGAGGCCAUUCAUUCGCUAUUAUCAGGUGUGCUUGCUUUCUAAGCGUUUCCAGGCUCCGAGGCCACUGAUAUCUCCGAGAACCCUAGAAAUUCCUCAGAUGAUUCGGCCUUUUUCUCAGACAUGGACUUCGGAACCCUAACGAUGAUCGGUGCUUCGGACCAGCUCUUCAUGUACAACCGCAGAAGACUGUUUCACCCAGUCAGAGCUUUCCAAUUUAUAGUGGUUCUUUCAUGUACCCUUUUUUGCCAAGCUACAUGUGGACCAAGCUCUAUGAAUGGGAUGCCCAAGUCAGUGGAACAUGAUGCGUGUGAGUCCUACAGGGAUCGAUAUGAUGUAGGGUUUCUGGAUAUUGCUGUUGGUGAUAUCAGCUCGGGAUAUGGAAGUCCGAUGACCCACUUAAGUCCUGGGACUGUUUGUACCGAUUCUCAUUCAUUCUGCUUCCCUUCCACAUUACCUGGUUUUUCUUCUAAAGAGCAUGGACACAAAGCAGCUGCUUUAGAAGUUUCUGGGGGGCGGUCUGAUGGUCCUUUACCUGAAGAAUCUACUAAGGAUAAUGGGUGGGCGAGUAACAAAAGCUGGUCAUCUGAUUUUGGAAUGUUUAAGUUAUUGAAAGGAGGGAUUGUUUCUUGUUCUUUAAACUCCAGAGAGUAUAUUAAUGAGUUAUCGGCCAUUCAAGCUGACAAUCCUAAUCAAAAUUAUCUUUCUUCCUCUAGAAGAUCUUUACUUAAUCAGAAUUGCAAAAGUUUUAGACCAGAAAAGAACUCUGAGAUGACCAAAGCAGGUUCAUUUGAUGGUUCUUCCUCUCCCAAUGUAGAAAUUAACCCUACUGUACUGGAUUGGGGACAAAAGCAUUUAUAUCUUCCUUCAUUAGCUUUCUUGACUGUGGCAAAUACUUGCAAUGACAGCAUUUUACAUGUCUAUGAACCGUUCAGUACUGACCUUCAAUUCUAUCCAUGCAAUUUUAGUGAGGCUUCUCUAGGACCUGGUGAAGUAGCUUCAAUCUGUUUUGUGUACUUACCUAGAUGGUUGGGCUUGUCCACUGCUCAUUUGAUUUUGCAGACAAGCUCUGGCGGUUUCGUAAUCCAGGCUAAGGGCUUUGCCAUUGAGUCGCCUUAUGGAAUUCAGCCUAUAUUAGAUCUAGAUGCUUUGUCCAGUGGAAGGUGGGCUAAGAAUUUGUCUUUGUUCAAUCCCUUUGAUGAAACCCUCCGUGUGGAGGAAGUGACUGCGUGGAUGUCACUUUCUCUAGGGCAUACUUCUCAUGACAUCGAAGUGCUUUGUAGCGUAGACAAUUUUCAGGGCUCUAAUGACCUCGGUUUGCCAAGUGUUAAGGAUCAGUUGGUUGUGAAAAGUGGUCAAGUUGGUUCACCAGUUUUGGCAAUAAGGCCUCAUGGAAACUGGGAGAUUGGUCCUCGUAGCUUUGAGACAGUCCUAGAGAUAGACUUCUCAAUCGGGUCUCAGGGCAAAAUCUUUGGUGCAUUCUGUAUGCAGUUGCUAAGGUCUUCAAAAGACAAGUCUGAUACGGUUAUGGUUCCUCUUGAAGCUGAACUAGAUGGGAAAGCUGUCUAUGAUGAUUUUUCAGGAUCUGUUUCAGCAUUUCUUGAACCUGUAGUGGGAUGUGAUAUUUGUGAAACUGUUGUUGCUAUCUCUAUCAGAAAUGGUGCUUCUCACUUGUUGAAUGUUGUUAAGAUUAGUGAAGUUUCAGGCACUAAAAAUUUUCAUAUCAAAUAUGUGGAAGGCUUACUUCUUUUUCCUGGCACUAUCACACAAGUUGCUUUGGUUACUUGUACUCACCUGUGUUUUGAAUCAUGUGAUUCUCCACCCGAAGUAUCCAGAAGCUGUAAGUUAUUCAUACUGACAAAUGGCUCGAGUACUCCUCAGAUUGAAAUUCCGUGCGAGGAAAUAACCAAUUUCUGUGCAAGACAUCAGAAGGAUUCUUCUAUUGGAAAUGAAUAUCAGUUUGAAAAGGUUGAAUCUGGCAAGACGAGGGCAGGGCCCUUGGGCAGUGGCAGCCAUUCACCAUCACGGGCCAAGGAUCUGGACACAGCGGAGGCAGAUGAAUUGGUACUAGAAAACUGGAAAUCUCAAGGUACUGCAAGUGGCAUGUCUGUGCUUGAUGAUCAGGAGAUAUUCUUCCCAAUGGUUGAGGUUGGAAGUCAUCACUCCAAGUGGAUCACUGUAAAGAAUCCUAUCCAGCAGCCAGUUGUAAUGCAGCUUAUCCUAAACUCAGGAGAGAUUAUUGAUGAAUGCAGGGGCCCUGAUGGUUUCACACAACCACCAUCCAGUAAUUUGGUUCUUGAUGAAUCUAUCCCUCCAAAAUAUGGGUUCUCUAUAGCAGAGAAUGCAGUAACAGAGGCUUAUGUUCAUCCAUAUGGUACAGCAUCUUUUGGGCCAAUUUCCUUCCAACCUUUGAACCGAUGUGGGUGGAGAAGUUCGGCUCUGGUAAGGAACAAUCUUUCAGGUGUGGAGUGGCUAUCUUUGAGGGGAUUUGGAGGGUCACUUUCCCUUCUUCUACUGGAGGGGUCUGAGCCUGUACAGAGUGUAGAGUUUAACCUCAACUUGCCAAUUCCUCUGAAUAUCUCUCCCCCUGAUACUUUGGUUCACAUGGAAGAGAUGAUUUACGCCUGUUCACAGCCAUUGUCAAAAGAACUUUCUGCCAAGAACACAGGAGACUUGCCAUUGGAGGUGAGAAAAAUUGAAGUUUCUGGAACAGAGUGCGGGAAGGAUGGAUUUAUGGUGCAUACCUGUAAAGGUUUUGCUCUUGAACCUGGCGAAUCAACAAAGCUUCUGAUAUCAUACCAGUACGAUUUUUCCGCAGCCAUGGUACAUAGUGAUCUUGAACUGGCCUUAGAUACUGGUAUUCUUGUGAUUCCCAUGAAGGCAAGUCUGCCCCUGUACAUGUUCAAUAUCUGUAAGAAAUCAGUUUUCUGGAUGCGAGUGAAGAAAUCCUCUGUAGCAGUCCUCCUUCUUGUUUCCUUGAUGUUACUGGUAUUCUGUUGCCUAUUUUCUCAUCUCAUAGCAUUGGGUUCUCUGGAUGAUAAACAGAGUAAUGGUAAGUUGUCUGUGUCUGGUGAGGUGGAUAGUCUCCUAAGGACUAUUGGGGAUGAUCAAGCCUCAGUUCAUCCUUCGGUUAGUAGAUAUCCUGAUGGUCAGGGUGGGACCCCAGAACAGGGAAUGACUGUUCAACAUGUGAGCCAAGUGAUGGGAAAUCUUAAACAAACAAGCGAUUCUUUAGAAGAUAAUCAAAAGGAAAGAGCAUUUCCAUCCUCUUUGCUAUCAAAAUCUGUAGCAGUUGAGACUGCUGAUACAAUAGAAGCAUCCCAACCAGGUAACCUUACAGUCAAAACUGGGAAAGAGAAGGGAAGGAGGCGAAAGAAGAGAAAAGGUGCUAUUUCCAAAUUAACUGGACUUUUUGAAGUUUCUAGCAGUCAUAGUGGAAAUUCUACACCAUCAUCUCCCUUGUCCCCAGUCAUAUCUGUAACACCUAAUCGUACACGGCCACUGUCUCCUGAUAUGGAACAAACUAUUGAGGCUAGCAGGUAUCCAUUUACUCAAGCAGCAAGCCAACUCUGUGAGAGGGAUCAGGUUUUUAGGUCCAACACUGAGGUGAACAAAUUGGAGCCCAAGGUUUCUGUAAAGCAUUGCAAUAACAACUUGCUCUUUUCUACUCAAGAGCAGCCUUCGGCAUCAAGAAAAACUACUACCAAGCCUGUUCUGUUGCCUUCUGCUACUUUCCCUUGUCCUGGCAGGCGUGCCCCUGAUGUGUUAUGUCCAUCCCCUUUUCUGGCAUCAACUUCUGCAAUUGCUCCACAUGCUCGAGCUCCUGGGUCAAAACUCGACAACCAGAAAGAGGAAAAGGCACGACUUGGGGAUGAAUAUGCAUAUGAUAUAUGGGGUGACCAUUUUUCUGGGCUUCAUUUAAUGUCAAAGGAUGUCACUUCAUUGAUCUCCAGUGCUACAAAAGAUUAUUCUGAGAGCUUCUUUGUAAGGGGUCCACAAACCUUCCUGACAAAGUCUGGAUUACAAUCUGUAAGUUUUGAAAAAGAAGGUUAAUGAUAAAUCAAAAAAUAAUCCUUUAAUAUA